GCACAUCGAAAGCAGUACAUGUACAUCAUCACCAUAGUGUUUCUCACACAGCACAUAAAAAUGCGUCUCAUCAAGCAGAGCACCAUCAUCUUCAGGCUGUCCCAUCCAAGCACCACGUCCUUCAUCACCACAAAGCUGGGCCUCACCAUACAAAGACGCACCACGUGAAUGUGAAACAUGGAGGUCCUCGUCUUCCGCAGAGUGGUCACUCUCACGUUCACUCAGAACGUCGCGGACAUCCGUCUCAUUCUGCAUCGAAAGGCUCUAGUACUAGUACAGCGAAAAAUUUGGAGGCCUCUGCCCAUGACGUCACCAAGCUAGAUGAAGCAUCACGACAAGCAGAGACGAAAGGAGCAAUUGCGUCUAGUGGCGUAGGUGCUUCAACUUCUACUGACGCUGCAGUUGUUACAAGAACAAGACAAGACCCUUCUUCCACUUCUACAGUCGGCGUUGCGGGGACAGCAAACGUGUCGGCUCCGGCAGUUGCAGUUCCAUCUGUGUAUACUACAAAGCUUUUCACUGCGACGCGCUCAAUCAGGGUUCGUAGUAACCGAUUCGCUACAGGCGUAAGCAUUGGACACAUUCACCCGGGCGCCACAGUCCGAAUCUUCGAAAUACGUGGCAGAAGAGGAAAUAUAGCUGGUGGAAAUUUGAUUGGGUGGGGAAAUUUGUCUUAUGGCUGAUCUACUCAUAUGCUUCGUGCGUAUUCGUGCGUAAACAUAAAUUUUCUAUCUUUCCUACUCGAUGAGGAAAGAAACUCAAACUUCAUCGUUGUUUUUGUUUCCUUGUUCGACGUGAUACUGUUCAUUCGUACGUUUUUUGAAAUCGAAGAAACAAUGGCACAGCUCUAAGGAUCAGAUCACGAUCGUCAAGAAUUUUACAUUUCGCCAGUGCCUGCAGAGUUAUUGGUUGCAGAUGAGGACGAGGCGAAGAUACCCUCAACUGAUGAGGGUACAACAACUGGCAACGACGUGAAAGUAAACUCAAAGGAGACGGCACAAGAGUCGGAAAUGCAUACUGGGGUGGGGAAGCAGACCACGACCGGAACUGUCGAGGAGGCUAAUGCAGCUUCUGCUGCAUCACUAGUCAAAAAAAGAACGAAACCGCUAUUGCCUGGCCAGCACAGACCUGUAGAUCCGGCCGAUCGAAUGGAGGCGGGUGGCGAAGUUGGGUACUUGUUCUUGUAAUAGCUCCUCUACAAGUCCUAAUCCAACGUGUACUCCCACUUCAAGCACAGGGUUAAAACUGAAGCUAGCAUUUAUUUUUUUUCUAUAAGUACUGAUGUGUCCUGUCUACAACCAGCUUUCGCAACGUCGAGGAAGAGCGCGCAGAGUUCGCGUUGCAGGCAGAGAGGGAACAAGCCGAAAUCGAAAAAGGCAAGGAGGCGAUAGCGAUGCGUGCGUUACUCCAACGCACCUUCCGCAAAGGUGCUGCGACUGAGCGCGUGGUUCGUGUAGUGGCGGAGUCCAUUUACGCAUCCUAUAGGAGACUCUUUUUGCAUGCUUGGUUGGUGCUAAAGAGGGGAGUGAAAGUGAACUGCGGAAGACAGGGGAUGAAGCCCUUGAGGACGAAAACCGACCAGCACGAGAUGUCAAAAUCAAAGCAAUCUUCAGAUGCGCACAUGAUGGACCUACUGGAGGAUGAACAAGUAGAGCAACAGGGCUGUACGAGUAGCAACGUUGAUGAACAUCAACACCAGAUGAGUCACGAUGUUGGCCAGAGGAAAGAAGAUGGGCGUGAACAAGAUUCCGAUUCACCAAGCAGACGAUGUCUACCUAUUUCUGACAGCAACACCGACUACAAGGCACCUGUCACAACGACAGGAAAAUUAUGGGAAUCCUGUGAGGAUAGUGCUUUAUUGCGGCAACGCGUGCUUUCGCCUUUCAUUUCGCCAGCACUGAGUCCUUCAUCGCCUGCGGCUAGAACAGCAGCCGAACUCGCCGAAUCUUGGAUGCUUCGCAACAGUCCGAGGCGUGAGGACAUUGAGAAAAAGCGGCUUUUUGACAAUGAUAUUCUGGGAAAGCUAGAUGACGUAGAAUCUCUACUACUUAUGGGAGAAGGUAUCGAAGGCUGGGACGAAUACGACGAUGAGGAGGUGGAAGAGCGAGGUGGACGGGGUGAAAGAAUAGGAAAGGAGAUGCUACGUUCAGGUGGUGAUGGUGCAAAGAAGCAGCUUGUCCAAUAUACUGAGCAACAUCAACAUGUUUAUGACAGGACUUCUAAGAAAACUGUGGAGACGGAUUCUUCCAAAGACAAACCUCCAAAAACUGUCUUGGCGAGCACGUCUGACCGUUUUGAAGAGAUGCUUGAAACUCUACGUUCACGUCGAGAAAAAAUUCUACAAGAG